AUUUUAUUUGUGAUGAAAGGUUUCUUUGCAAUCACAAGAGCUUUUAUGGCUCCAAUUGCUAAAACUACUUUUAGAUUCUCUACCUAAUAACAUAAAAUAUAAAUGAGAAUGUAUGUCAUAUUCUUAUAUAUUAGUGUACUCAAUCAAAUAAAUCAAAUUAUUAGAUUGUCUUCCACUAUGUCAGGAUUAAGAAUAGCUAACCAAUAUGAUUUAUCAUUAUUUUCUUUACUAGAAGAUGCUAAAGGUAUUUCUAAAUUAUUAUUUUUAGGUAAUUCAUUUAUAUUUUAUGAAAAUUAAGAUGAUUCUGCGGAGCUUGACAUCAGGCAAAUUGGUUUGCACUUAGGAUGUACCAAUACCUUAAAUUGAACAGAAUAUUAAUAUAUAAAUAUUAUCUAGCU